AUGAAUAGCGUAAAGGAGGACCUCGCUUAUAUUAUCGAGAAUGGUCAUUUCGUAAUUAGAGAUGGUGAACAGCAGUUCAAACUGUUAACUAAAAUCGACUACGGAUCGUUUGGGAUAGUUUGUCGUGGAGUCAAUCAGGUGACCGGUCAACCAGUUGCUGCAAAACUUGAAAACGCCAUAACGGAUGCAUCUAUAGACCCGAAACUUUUGUUUCGCGAAGCACAAGCGUACAGAAGGCUUCAGGGCGGUCCCGCGAUUCCCCGUGUUUUUGGGUUUUACCAAAACUUUUUGACCUGCAACGUGCUGGUCAUGGAGUUAUUAGGCCACAAUUUGGAAUUAAUUUUCGGUGCGAGCAGAAGAACAUUCACAACAAAGACAGUUCUUAUAAUAGCUGAACAGAUGAUAAACGCUCUCGAAUUCAUCCACAAUCACAACAUAAUACACAGAGAUUUGAAACCGGAAAAUAUAGUUAUGAGCCCUAGAAGUGACAUCAGCAAAUUAUACCUAAUAGACUUUGGAUUUGCUGAAGAAUACAAACAUCCUUACACUAAAGAGCACAUACCAUACUUGGUUGAUCAAAACUUUGUCGGCACGCUUGAUUACGCUAGCGUAAACGCUCACCACUUCAAGCAACUAAGUCGACGUGACGACAUGGAAUCUCUGGGGUACAUAUUGUUCUAUUUCCUGUUCGGGAAACUUCCUUGGAGCGGUUUUGAGGAUGAGGACUGGCAGCAGUUGCACAAGACGAUCGGUAAAAUGAAGGAGAAUAUUGAUUUUGUGAAACUUGCCAGACUGAAGCCCUGCGAAUUUUCCAAUUAUUUGAAAUUAUGUAAAAGAUUAUCAUUUACCGAAGUACCGGAGUAUUCGUUUUAUAGAUCGAUGUUCAGGAAUGUCCACACCCUCCUUCAUCACAAGGAUGACGGCCAUUUCGACUGGCAUGGGAUGUAUUAA